CCUGCCAUUUACAAAGAGGAUUAAGCAUAUAAUUACACAUAAAGCUCGCAAAGACCAACACUCGUCCUGAUAUAGCUGAGCAGAUCUCGUUAGGUUAGCAACAAUGUUGCCUCGGCCCACGACGCAUUCCAAGGCUCUAGGUCCUGGCGUAGCUGGUCCAGAGCUUGCAGUGGCAACAUCAGCGAUUCUGGACAGACCACCUCAGCCCUCCGCGCACCUGCCACUCUCAGGCGCCCAGCCCUGCUUCGUGGACCCAUCCGCCCUUGCGGACCCCCGCCAGCACACCAAGUACCCUUACGUCACCGGCACCUCCGUCCUCGCCAUCAAGUACAAAGACGGCGUCCUAAUCGGCUGCGACACGCUUGGCGCCUACGGCAGCACCAAGCGCUACAAGAGCACGCAGCGCCUGUACCAGGUCAACAGCAAGUGCGUGGUGGCCGCGGGCGGCGAGAUCAGCGACUUCCAGCACAUUCAAACACUCCUGGACGAGCUCACCACAGAUGACUACCGCACCGACGAUGGUAUAGAGCUCACGCCGCAGGAGAUCUACUCCUACCUCUGCCGCGUCAUGUACAACCGGCGUAACAAGUUCGACCCGCUUUGGAACUCGCUUGUGGUGGGCGGCGUGCAGGAGGAGGGCGGCCCCUUCCUGGGUAUGGUGGGCAUGAUCGGCACGCACUACACGGACAGUCACGUCACCACGGGUUUCGCCAACCAGCUGGCGCGGCCGCUGUUCCGAGAGCGGCAGCGGGACGACAUGGAGGAGGAGGAGGCGCUGAAGCUCAUGUACGACUCGCUCAAGGUGUGCUACUACCGUGACAAGGUGUCCAUGAACAAGUUCCAGAUCGCCAAGGUCACCAAGGAGGGCGGCGUCAGCAUCUCCGAGCCCUUCGCGCUGGACAUGCGCUGGGACUACAAGCUCUUCGCCGCACCCACGCAGUGGGCUGUGGGCGCAUGGUAAGGGUUGGUAGGGAAGAGCGCAGGGUAAGGAAAAGAGGAGGAGCAGCAGCUGCGGCGACGGCGGAUGUCGUACUCCAGAUGGUGUUGCGAGGUGGAGCAGCUGCGGGUGUGUGUUGUGCAGCUGUCGUGCUGCAUUUGUUGGUGCGAGGAGGGUGGGUGCGUGCGGUGGUAGCAUCAUGGGAGGGGCGGGGGCCGGGGAAGAAGGAAGAUAGGGGCGCUGCGCGGCGCAGGUGGUGGGGCGUUACAAAGUAGAGGCUGCUCGUUGGGUUGCCAUCCGGAGCGUGUGUUUGGAUGGAUGGUGCAGGUGUUAGGUGGCCCAUGUGCAGUUGAAUUCAGGUUUUUGCCCUGUAGGCUGGACUCCUGUGUCCCCUGUCAUCAGUGGUUGAACAUGUGUUGGACGAGAACUGGCCCCGAGGAGAAACGUACACAGGUGCUGUGGAGCAGGGCAGCCGCCCAGGGUCAUGAACUCCUGAUGCAUGUAUGAACCGCAAUGCACAGCAACCAGGGGCAUAUCGCGUGUGAAACACAAGGAGGCAGGGUUUUAGGUAACACCGUUGUGCAUUUGGCUGUGCAUGCAAUCUGGGUCCGGAUGGCUUUUGGGGGGAGCCGCAGGUGUUGAUGUGCCCAAUGUAACAUUAGGGAAUUC